AUGCAGGCGCCGCGGCUGACCUCGGGCGCGGUGAAGGAGAUCGCGGAGCUCCCCAAAGGGCUGGGCACCAUCCAGCCGGUGCUGCAGGUGGCGGACGUGCGGCCCAUCACCGCCAAGAGCGCGGCGGGGUCAGACCGGUUCCGGAUGCUCGUCUCCGACGGCGUCCACUCGCUGCAGUCCAUGCUCGCCACCGACCUCAACCGCUUCGUCACCGACGGCACCCUCCGCCUCGGCUCCAUCGUCCACCUCCUGGAAGUCAUGUGCAGCGACAUCCAGGGCCGCAGGAUCAUUAUUGUUUGCAAACUUGAUAUUCUGCAAAGCCAGUGUGACAUGAUCGGGAAACCAAAGAUUUACGAGACUAAAAGUUCACGUGAAGGCCAAGAGCCUAACUUACGGGCCACUGCCAUUGCCCCAAGGGUGGAACAGGUUGCUAACAAUUUGUCAUAUGGUGGAUCCUACAAUGGUGUCCAUGGCACAUUGGACUCUUCGAUUGGUCGGACAGUCAGAUCUGGACCUAACAAUGUGUUUUCUGGUAGUUCUCAUGAUACAAUGUCAGCACAAAACACAAUGCAUACCAAUGUUGUGCAGCCCAACCCUCAGCAGCCUUUUCUGAACUCUCAUCAAAGCCAAAGGUUUGCAGUUCCUAGCACAGCUGGGGGCCUCGGCCCUCCUGACAAUACUUAUGUUCGUCCUGCACAGCCUUCGUAUCAGCAGCCACCUCCAGCAUAUAGAAAUAGUGGCCCAGUUACUAAGAAUGAAGCUGGCCCUCGUGUUACUCCGAUUUCUGCAUUGAACCCAUACCAAGGCACAUGGAAGAUAAAGGCUAGGGUGACUGCAAAGACUCAUGUCAAUCACUACAUAAAUGCACAAGGUCCAGGAAAACUCUUCACUUUUGAUCUCCUUGAUGCACAUGGCGGAGAGAUUCGUGCAAAAUGUUUUAAAGAUGUCGUUGAUCAGUUCUAUGACCUAAUUGAGGUUGGUAAGGUGUACUUGAUAUCUGGAGGGGGCCCAGGGGGGCUGAAACCUGCACAGAAGCAGUAUAACCCUUUGAACAAUGACUUCGAAAUCAGUAUGGAUGCUAGAACAUCUGUAGAAGUUUGUUCUAGUGAUGACAACAGCAUCCCCAGUCGGCGUUUCAAUUUCCGACAAAUCAGCGAAAUAGCGAACAUGGAUAUAGGCGCCAUGCUAGAUUUGCUUGGUGUUGUUACAUCAGUUAGCCCUUCUUCUACAGUAACGAAGAAGAAUGGUGUGAAAACCUCGAAAAGAGUCCUCCAACUGAAGGACGUGUCUGGUUGCAGCGUGGAAAUAACCUUUUGGGGUAACUUCUGUGAUGCUGAAGGUCAGCAGCUGCAGUUGCUGUGUGAUUCUGGUUCGAGUCCUAUACUUGCCCUGAAAAGUGGCCGCAUUGGUGACUUCAACGGCAGAUCUGUGGGCACAAUCAGCUCAAGCUGCUUAAACAUAAAUCCAGACUUUCCUGAAGCAGAAAGGCUGAGGCAAUGGUACAUAACUGAAGGGAAAAAUGCUGCUUUCACUUCGUUGUCUGUGGGCUGGACUGAUGUCCGAAAUACUGUUGCACAGAUCAAGGAAGAAGACAUGGGAAAAUCAGAGAAGCCAGACUGGAUCACUGUUAUGGGUACAGUUUGGAACAUCAAGACCGACAAUUUUUGUUAUCCAGCCUGCACCGCAGUGGUUAAUGGUACCCGCUGCACUAAAAAGGUCACAAAAGAUGUUGAUGAGAUCUGGCAAUGCGAGAGCUGUGAACAGAGCUCUCAAAAUUGCGAGUAUAGGUACAUGCUCCCAUGUCAAAUCCAGGAUCACACCGGGACUACUACGUAUGCAACUGCAUUCCAAGAUGCCGGCGAGGAGAUAAUUGGCCUCCCAGCGCAAGAUCUUUUCAAGAUAAAACAUGAAGAUCAAGAUGAUGAAAAGUUUGCAGAAAUCAUACAACGGGCCCGUUAUCAGCAUUACUUAUUCAAGCUGAAAGUUAAGGAAGAAACGUAUAACGACGAAGCGCGUGUGAAAUGCAACAUUGUUAAGGUUCAAAAAUUGGAUGACACAGCAAAGGAGAGUCGCUUUCUUCUGGGAGUAAUCGAUAGCCUUUUGGCGGAAGAUGGCUCAGGCUCAACCCCUGCGGUGAAUGGCGGUGUUGCUAUUAACGCUGGUUUCACAUCCAACAAUACCUACGCCAUGAAUAUGGGUUUCCCAAAUCAGUUUGGGCAGCAAGCGAGCUUAUAUGGUGGGAUGCCUUCUACACCAUCUGCAACACGGUAUGCACAGACUGGUCAUGUCUCUAGGGACUCUCCAGUGCAGGUAAACUCCUACAGCCCUCCAGCUGGUGGCAAUGCGAGCUCAGGUCUAUGCUACAAGUGUAGCCAGCCUGGGCACUUUGCUAGAGACUGUCUGGCGCAGGCUGCUGCUCCCCAGCGUCAGACUUACGGAAACGGGGCCGCCACUUCAGGAGGAUACAACAGGCAGUCCUAUGCUGGUAAUUUCUGA